UUUGCAAGAAGCCACGUUGCACCCGUGUUUCUGAGCUUGGGCGAGCCCAGAACGAUGGUCACAAUCGAGUCGGAAUCGGACUUCUACGACGUGUUUGAGAUCCUGGGGAAGGGCACCUUCGGGGAAGUGGUGAAGAGCUGGAAGCGCAGCACAGGCGAGAUGGUGGCCAUCAAGAUCCUAAAGAACGACUCCUACCGGAGCAGGAUCAUCAAGAAUGAGCUGAAGCUUCUGCAGACCAUGUCCGAGGUGGACUCAGAGGAGUCCCACAUCGUCCAGUUCCACGAGUUCUUCCACGACGAGCUCAAGUUCUACCUGGUCUUCGAGCUGCUGGAGCAAAACCUCUUUGACUUCCAGAAGGAGCACAACUUUUCCCCGCUGCCCGUCCGGCACAUCCGGACAGUGACCAUACAGGUGUUGAGGGCCCUGGCUAAGCUGAAGGAGCUCUCCAUCAUCCACGCAGACCUGAAGCCCGAAAACAUCAUGCUGGUGGACCAAGUUAGGUACCCUUUCCGAGUCAAGGUGAUCGACUUUGGCUCAGCCAGCAUCUUCAACGAGGUGCGCUACGUCAAGGAGCCCUACAUCCAGUCCCGCUUCUACCGGGCGCCCGAGAUCCUGCUGGGCCUGCCCUUCUGCGAGAAGGUGGAUGUCUGGUCCUUGGGCUGUGUGAUGGCCGAGCUGCACCUGGGCUGGCCCCUCUACCCUGGCAACAACGAGUAUGACCAGAUCCGGUACAUCUGCGAGACACAGGGGAUGCCUAGGCCUGCCCUGCUCAACGCAGCCAGAAAGGCUCACCUUUUCUUCAAGAGGAGCCAGCACCCCGAGGUGGUCAACUCCUGGCAGCUGAAGACCCCGGCAGAGUACCUGGCCGACACCAAGGUGAAGUCAGUGGAGAGGAGGAAGUACGUGCUCAAGUCCCUGGACCAGAUGGAGACGGUCAACGUCCACAGGAUGAUCUACCCGGACACGGAGGCCCUGGCCGAGUACUUCGACCUGCGCAGCAUGGUGGAGCUCAUCAAGCGCAUGCUGACCUGGGAUUCACACGAGCGCAUCACGCCCAGCGCUGCCCUGAAGCACCCGUAUGUCUCCACCCAGCCGCUGAAGCAGAACUAUGACCUUACCCAGUACUACCAGUUCUGCCUGCGCAGCCUCCACGAGUCGCUGCCCAGCCACGGCAAGACCGAGGAGGAGGCGCAGCUCUACGGUGCCAUGGAAGAAGAGCGUUUCUACUCAGCGCGCGACAGUUUCCAGGAGGAGAACAGCGCCCAUGGCAUCCAGAGGACCACCAGCCAGAUGGAUGACCUCAGCAUCGCCGAGGCCGGCCAGGAGGCACCCCUGAAGGUGUGGGGAGAAGGGCCCAGUGGGGGGCUGUAUGAGCCGACCCACCCUGGGCCCCCGGAGGCGGCAUCCGGCCGGCGCAAGCCUGUCCUGCAGAGCCUACGCUUGCGCCAGGAGCAACCGCAGCAAGAGCCCAUCCCGGCCUACUACCGGAACCGCCGCGGCAGCCCCCGGCACCGCAAGGUAUCCCACCAUGCCAAGCCAGACCCCACCUUUGAGAACCUGAUCCUGCUGGGGCAAUACUCCCCCGAGGAGCCCCCCACGUGGGAGAAGGAAAGCAACACCAGCACAGCCUCCCUGCCAGAGUCCAACGCCAGGGAAGACCCCGGCUACCCCAAGGGCUUGGUGCUUUCGCCCACCACUCAGAGAGCGCAGCCAGAGGUGUACGAGCCAGCCGCCCAGCUGCCUGGGCCCACCAGCUGGCUGCCGAAGGAGAACUGGCUGGCAGAGCAUGGCAUGGAGAGGGGCCCCCUCAAGGCAGUGCUGCACGCUUCCCGGAACCGCCACCAGCUGCAGCCGUACCUGCAACACAUCGCCAGCCACCACUGA